UUCCCUAUCGAUUACGUUAACGCAGAGUACCAGCAGGAAUAUCGUCUGCUCGUGCACUGCCUGCAGUUCACAACAAAGGGCGGAAGCAGACUAAGUGACUUCUAGCCAUUUCCAAAUCUGCCAAGCCCCUCUGCGGGACAAAUUCUACAGCCGGAGGGAAAAACCCAACAAUGGCCGACAACCGGUACUCGGUCGACUACGCCCGAAUGGGCACCUCCAAGUGCAAGAAAUGCAAGCAGGGCAUCGCAAAGAAGGAAGCGCGCAUCGCCAAGCUGGUCUCCAACCCGUUCUCAGAGGAAGGCGGCGACAUGAAGCAGUAUCAUCACAUCAAGUGCAUGUUUGAGGCACUGCUGCGGGCGCGGCCCACGACCAAGAAGAUUGACGACCCGGAGGAUCUGGAAGGCUUUGACCUGAUGGAGGACGAGGACAAGAAGACCAUCAAGGAACUGAUCCAAGACCUUGCAACAAAGACCAAGAACAAGGCUUCAACACCAGCCAAAAAGAAAGCAGCUCAGGCGAAGCUCUCGCCUUCUGGCCAAGUCGUCUCGCCCUCCAAGAAAGCUCCAACUCCCACUGCCAGCAACUCCGACGUCCCAUCAACAAGUACCUCGGUCGCGUCAGCAACCACCGACACUAAACACCCGGACAACUCCUUCCGUGAGUUCCGUAAGCUCUGCGCUCGCAUCGCGGAUCAGUCAGCCUACCUGGCCAAGACGAAGGAAGUGGAGACGUUCAUCAAGAAGGGAUCAUCUGGAGAUGGUUUCGAAGGAGACACGUAUCUGUUGUUGAAGCUGCUGUUGCCGGGCGUGGUCAAGAGAGUCUACAACAUCAACAGUAAACAACUGGCCAAGGUGUUUAGUCAGAUAUUUGGCACCAAUUUGGAGGAGAUGGUGACCGAUCUUGACCAAGGUGACGUUGCUGAAACUGUCCAGAAGUUCUUUGUGGAAAGCACGGUUUGCCCUCCCUCAAAGAAAAGCUCAUUGUCCAUUCACGAGGUGGAUGAUUUUCUGGAGGGCAUGGCGGCCUUAACCAAAGAAACAGAGCAACAGCGCCACCUGACCCGCAUUGCCAAACGCUGCACUGGUAACGAUCUCAAGAUGGUGGUACGACUUAUCAAACACGACCUACGCAUCAACUCUGGAGCCAAGCACAUACUUGAGGCCCUGGACCCCAACGCCUACCAAGCAUUCCAAGCCUCGCGUAACCUGCGCGACGUGGUCGACCGCGUCACCAAGAACAAAGAGGCAGCGGACGGAAGACCCGGUAUGAGCAAGAAACUGAGCAUUCGCGCAACGCUUCUGACACCUGUACUUCCUAUGCUGGCCGAGGCCUGCAAGUCGGUGGACAUGGCCAUGCGCAAGUGCCCCAACGGCAUGUACGCCGAGAUCAAAUACGACGGUGAGCGUGUACAGAUCCACAAGCAAGGCGACACGUUCCAGUACUUCAGCCGCAGCUUGAAGCCCGUGUUACCCCACAAGGUGGUGCACAUCAAGGACUACCUACCCAAGGCUUGCCCCCAUGGCAAUAGCAUCAUACUGGAUAGUGAGAUCCUGAUGGUGGACAAGAGCGGCAAGAUCCUACCCUUCGGCUCUCUGGGUAAGCACAAGCGGAACGCCUUCAGUGAUGCCAACGUCUGCCUCUUCAUCUUUGACUGUCUUCACUUCAACGGUGAAAAUCUGAUGGACAGGCCGAUGAAAGUGAGAAGAAAGAUCCUGGAGCAGAACCUGACUCCGGUCAAAAACCACAUCAUGCUGUCAGAAUCCAAAGACAUCACGGUGGCCGGCGACUUGUCCAGCUUGAUCAUGAGCGUCAUUCGUGAGGGUUUGGAAGGCCUAGUGCUCAAAGACAAAAUGAGUGUUUACGAACCUGGGAAGAGACAUUGGCUCAAAGUGAAGAAGGAUUACUUAGCUGAAGGGGCCAUGGCUGACACGGCCGAUCUCAUCGUCCUUGGAGGAUACUACGGAACAGGCAGCAAAGGUGGCAUCAUGUCCACCUUCCUGAUGGGCGUCCACGACCCAUCCACUGACCGCUUCCUGACGGUCACCAAGUGCACUGGAAUCGACGACCAGACCCUGAACAAGCUGAACCGAGACCUAGCCAUGGACAAGAUCAGCAAGGAUUACUCCAAGGUACCCAGCUGGCUCAACAUCAGCAGAGGACUAGUGCCGGACUUCGUGGUCAAAGAUCCCAAGAAAGCUCCGGUCUGGGAGAUCAUGGGAGCGGAGUUUACGAGUUCAGACAACCACACCGCUGGGGGUAUCUCUAUUCGCUUCCCCCGGGUCAGUCGAUUCAGGGACGACAAGGAUUGGCAGACAGCCAACAACCUGGAUAGGUUAAAGACUCUGUACAAGAAAUCCAAGGAGACUAGCGACAUCCCAGACUUGAUCUCUAAGAAGACCGCCACGCCCACCAAGAUCACGGCCAAGAUGCACAAAGGGAAGAAGCGUGUCUCCGAAGACGAGGAGGAUGAGUAUGAGGGAGAAACUGAUGAGGAAUCGGAAGAAGAGCGGAGCAAACCCAGCCCUGCCAAGAAGAUGAAGAUAGACAACGGCAACGGCACGACUAGCUCAAAGGGCAAGCCAGCAUGCAAGUAUGGAGCACAGUGCUACCAAACCAACCCUCAACACAAAGCUACAUUCAGCCACCCUGGUGACGACAGUGGAUCGCCCAGCAAGAAAGUCAGCCCUAGCCCCACCAAGAUACAAGCAACAAGUCCCGCUAAGGCUAGCUCAGUCGCUACGACCAGUACGGCAAAACCGAGCACGCACAGCCCAAUUAAGGGACUUGCCAACAUCUUCUCUGGUGUGUCCAUUUACAUGCCGAAGACAAUCGCCGAUUAUUACAAACUGAAACGCUACGUCGUCGCGUAUGACGGAGACGUGCUGACGGAAUUCAACAAGGCAAACGCAACGCACUUCGUGAUUGACGAAAAGGCCGAGGAACAGGAGGCCACCCCACCCGGAAAAAUUGCGGUCACACCCGCUUGGAUCUGGGAAUGCGUCAAGCAGAAGAAGAUUCUGCCCGCGGCCAAGUUUGCUCCAAAAUGAGGAAACGAAACUGCAAUAAUUAUUUCCAAGAAAGAUUUUCUGUGAGUUAGAUACACAGUAAUCCAAUUCAAAGUCUGCAUUAAAAUUAAACCUUUCAUUUUAUGAAAUAAUGCCAAAAUACAAUUUUAUAUUAGAUUUCAUUUUUUUUGGUACUAGCUAUCCGAAAAUGAGAAUAUGAAAUAUUCAUUUUUUAAACAUGUAUGAAUAUAUGCAUGACGAGUGAAAAAUAAUGACUGUCAAAUUUUUGAAGCUUGUGUACUUAAUUUUUGUGUUGAUUUGUUUUAUGUUUAUUUUUGUAUUUAGUUGUCUGAACUCAUUUUCCACCUUAGAAGAAGUGCAUUGGUAAAACUAUGUUUUCUUUCACUAGGACCAUAAGGUAAACCAAGUUUUGUUUUUGUUUUCCUUAAAGAUGCAUACCCCAUGCUCUUCCCAAAAUUGAUAUUUUUUUCCCCUCCUUACAAAUUUUCAGUUGGUAUGUUUUGGUUUUAACGAAAAACCUAUUUCAUUCCGAUUUUGGGCGUCUGAAAUUCUCUAAAAUAUGGGUUUCAUUUAGCGCACAAAUGAACCCUGUUUGGGAGAGCCGAAUUAUGUCUGGCA